AACGCAUUCAUUGUCUUCCGUUGUAAAUGCUGUUUGAAAAAGAACGAGGUGGAGGCUGCACUACCUGCAGAAGAUGACCUGGUCGCACGACAUCAGCGUCGAGCUGACCUCUCCAAAACGAUCUCAUACCAAUGGGGUUCGCUGUUUGUAGAGGAACGUAAAUACUGGGGCGAACUCGCGAAGCAGAGGAAGAAAGAGCACGAGGAGAUGAAUACCCAUGGUACGUCUAUCGGUUGUUGUGAUUUGCUAAGGUAG